AUGGGCGAAAACGAAGCAUCGAUUUCAUCAAAUGUAGAAAGACUCACCAAAAAUAACUAUGCUGGUUGGAUCGAACAGAUUGAAGCCAUGUUCUACAAGCAAAAACUUUUGUUUGAUUUGGAUGGAAAAGAUGCGACAAAAGAAAAUUAUACUGAAAGUAUUAAAAAUGCCUACUACGAAAUUAUUGAUGAAAUAAUAGUUCUAUAUAGACAGAUGAGUGAUAAGGGAACCAUUAACCCUGAAUUCAUUAAAGUCGCAAAUUUAUUAGUAUCAUUGCAAAAUGAAUUUCCAUAUAUUAUAUCAACAUUUAUAAAUGUGAAAGAAGAUUUGAAAUUUGAAAAUAUUGUGAGUGCAAUACUAACUGAAAUUGAUAAUAACACUCAAAUGAGUUCAAUGUACACUAACAUACAACACAAAACAUUGUCAACUUCUUCACAUAUGAAUUCAAAAGUCUUUUCAAGCAUUUUUGAUCGUCUUGAAUCAUCAGAAAAAUUCAAAAUGAAUAAAUUAAAACGCAAAUCAAACUUUGAAAAUUCCAAAGAGGAAGAUGAUAUCAUUUUGGAAACCUUUUGUGAUCAAUCUAAAAUAGAUGAAUUCCAUAAAUCAGAGCCGAAGUCAUGA